AUGGCUCAAGAUUCACCAGAUCUUUCCUGCAGGGUCUCUGCGCUAGGUAUCUGCUCCAGCGCCACCAUCGCGCUGUACUACACUCACAGCUGCGCCGACUUUGACGACGUAUCGGGGCCGGGCACUGCCGAGCAGCUGUCCAUGCAAAAGAGUGACGAAAAGGGCGUUGUGGUAGAUCCCUUUGUAGCGUAG